ACAACAUCCCUGUGGUCACACAUGAUUAUAGACAAACACACACACAAAAAAACAAACAAACAAAAAAAAAUAUAUAAUAAUCAAACACAUUUAAAGCUAAACUUCUCUCUCCACUGCCCCUCCACAUAUAGCUGCCCCAUUUCCCAUCAAACGAAUCCCAACUCCCCAGCCUUCUACAUGACGCUUCCUCGAAAGCCACCUCCCUCCCCAUCUCCAUGCACCAUUUUUUAAAUGAGGGUACUCCAGCCUACUUCCAUCCCCUUAAAACAAUUUGUCUGCCAAUCAUGACACUGGUUAGAACCCAAUUUUUUAUGUGUUUAUCCCCUAUAUUGAUGACUGCCCUAUCUCCUAAAAUACAGAGUCUGGGGCUAAAUGAAAUUUGAGUGCCCAAUACAUCACACAUAAAACUCUGAACCUUCAACCAAAAUUUUUGGAUCAUAACACACCUCUAAAAAACAUGGGUUGUGUCUCCAUCUUCUGAUUGGCAUCGCCAGCAGGUGGGUGUGUCUUUAAGACCAAGCCUAUACAAUCUAGAGGGGGUCCAAUAGAAUUGAUGUAAAAUCUUGAAUUGCAUAAGGCACACCCUUGCAUCUCUAGAUGCAGACUUGACAUUUUUUAGAAUCCUAGCCCACACUCCCUCCUCCAAUACCAAGUUUAAAUCUUUCUCCCAUAAUCUCUUGAGAGAAGUUGAAGCUCUGUCCCCCAGACUCUGAAUUAACAGGGAGUAAUACACUGAUGCCUCAUGACCUUUUCCAAAAGCAGUAAUCACCACUCCCAGAGUAUCUGCCGCUUUAUGGGGGUGUAUGCUACUGCCAAAAUAGUACAGAGCAGGUGGCACAGAUGUAAAUACCUAAAGAACUGAGAUCUGGGAAUCCCAAAAUGUUGAACCAAAUUUUCAAAGGAUCUCAACACUCCACUCUCAUAUAGGUCACCGAGUGUAUUAACCUCCCUCACAAUCCACUCUGACAGAAAGGGGACUUAUUAAUACAUAAUUUUGGGUUCGGCCAUAUGCUUGAGGCAACAUUUAAAUAAAUGUCUGUAUUAAACUCUCUGGACACUUUUGCCCAUAUCGAGUGCAAAUGCAAGAUAAUGCUGUGUAACUUAACUUUUCCGAUAAGUUUGAUAGAAAGGCUUUGCAAUGGCGAAAUAGGGGCAAGAACUUCCUGUUCAAUACAAAACCAGGGAGGGGCUCUCUCAGGUGGAAGCGACCAAUGAGCCAAAUGUCUGAGACCGAAUGCAUAAUAAUAAAACUAAAUCUUGUGUAGGCCUAGCCCACCUUUGUCAAUCGGCCUAUGUAACUUACUGAAAUGUAAUCUGGGAUGUUUACCAUUCCAAAUGAAGGACUUCGCUAUGCUAUCAAAUUGCUUGAAAUAAGAGAGGGGGGCAUCUAUAGGGAGAGACUGUAGCAGGUAGUUGAAAUUUGGAAUAAAAUUUGUUUUAAUAACAUUAACCUUCCCAAUCUUAGAUAAAUGUAAUGAAGCCCACCUGCCCACAUUGCUCGAAAACCUUUUUAUUAAAGGGUCAAAAUGAACUCCCAUGAGUUUUGGACUCAAUAUGAGCCCAUCAAAAGAUUAAAGUCUCCUCCCAAUAUUAUAUCACGAGGGGUGCCAGCGGCUUGCAACAUCCCUUCAAGAUCUAUAAAAAAGCCCUGAUCUACAGCAUUAGGUGCGUAAAUAUUAGCCAAAAUAAGACUUUGCCCCUGAAUUUCUGCUAAAACAAUAAUGACUCUUCCUAAUUUAUCUUUAAUCUGUUUGAGACAUUUGAAUUGUAGAUGUUUACUUAUCAAUGUAAUGACUCCCCUGCUCUUACUUGAGUCAGCACUAAAGAAAAUGUGUCCACCCCAUAUCUUCCCAAGUUUUUCAGCUUCCUGUAGGGAAAGAUGCAUUUCUUGAAGAAAUAUUAUAUCAUAUUUCUUAUGCUUAAGAAGAUAAAUAACCUUCCUUCUUUUUAUGGGGUGCCCCAACCCAUUCACAUUCCGCAUGGAGAGAGACAAUCCGCUCAUAUUAACAUUUGACAUUUUGACAUAUGAGAAAAAAUAGAUUGUGUGUCAAAAACAAAAUUAUAAAGACCAUAUUCCAACAUUAGUGCAACAAUCAAACCCCGAACUUCCCCAGAACCAAACAAACAGAAAAAAGAAAAACGUGUGCAUUAACCCCGCACAUGACAGCAUCAAUUGGCGUCCAUCCCUCUAAACUCAAACAGUUCAUGUACUCCUACGAGAGCCCCCGCUACAACUUUGUUGUCAGAUUGCUCAAGUCCGGUGUUUCUAUACAAAUUUUGUGAGACAGAGUUACACAACAACAGAAAAUCUAUAUAACAAACUCCAGCCAAUAGGCGGAAUAAACACAAAGAGCGUGUAGAUUCAUCCACAUAACUGUCCGGAAGGUGCGCUAUUCCACAAAACAAACUCCAGCCGCUAGGCAGAACCAGCACAAAAAAAGAAAGAAAAAAAAGGGUGCUCAGUUUCCUCAGACAGUCAAACGAAUGCUCAGUGAGUCGGUCCAUACGGCUACAGCGUUGAGUACCACAAAAUAACUUACUCCAUUGACUUUAUGAAGGACAUCGCUUGCUGGUGACAUGCAAAUGUUUUACUGUCAUCCUUAGCAUCUAUUCUCAAUUUGGCCAGGAACAUCAGUGCAAAAGCGACCUUCCGUUGAUGUAAGAGUUUCUUGCAUUCCUUGAAUCGAUCACGUUUCACUCUUGUCAAAUUCGUAAAGUCUGGGAACAAGAAAAUGCUGUGGUUCUUCCAAAAAAGCCUUCCUUUACUCCUCGCCUCGCACAACACAAGAUCUUUACCGGAUGAUAUCAGAAAUUUGGCCAGAAUUGAUCGGGGCCUGUUUCCCUCAGUGGAUCGCCGAGCCGGAACCCUGUGAGCUCGCUCGAUUUCCAGCUUAUGGCCUGUUAUGUCAAGCAGAUUCGGAAAGAGCCCAUCCAGGAAUUUCACCAUAUCCUGACCCUCUUCGGCUUCAGGAAUUCUGACAAUUCGGACAUUAUUCCGCCAGUUACGGUUCUCCAUGUCCUCCAAUUUCUCCCAUAAGUGCUCCAAAUCCAACUUCAUGCUCUGAUGACUCCAGAUAAUCGAUCCGUUUCUCGACAUCCCCUACCCUUGUGACCACCUCAGUGAAUUUUGUCUCCAUGGCAGUGAUUGAUUGACGUAUUACAGCAAGAUCUUCCAAGUCAGCAACGACCUUCAUCAGCACUGCCGACAUGUUCAACAUUUCUCGCCGAAUUUCCCGCAUUUCUCUGGCCAAUUCGGCUCCCGGGCUAGCGGCCUUCUCAGGGGUAUCAGCUUUAGCACGUAAGUGUCUUUUAAUGUCUCCAGGGCCCGAAGAUUUUUACUUCUUUGACUUAUUGUCCUCCUAGAACAGUUAUGGAACAGAGUGUAUCGAAUCACACCGGUUUAUAACAUUAAAAGUGUUAAAACUAGCAAAGUGCGCAGAGCUCGCCAUUCACACGUCCGAACCUCGCAUGGUGUCCAUGAAAAGUCCCCAAUUCGAGUAACAUUAAACAUUUCCCAAAGUAUAAGUGGGGUGUUGACUGAUUGAAAGAACUAGUAUUCAUUGCAAUACAUAUUAAACCCUCAUUUAAUAUUAAUCAGUCGGCAGGCUGUUUUUUUCUCUUAAGAUUUGGAAUGCACAUGAUUCAUGUCAGGGCAUCCAGCGCUGCAAUGAACGCCAUAUGAAAAGCACAUCUUGUUCUGCUUUUAACAUUGGCACUUCCAAUGUAAAUUUAAUUCAUCCGAACAUUAGCUAUCACUUCAAAAGCUCGGUGGCAAUGGGUACCAUGUUGAAAUUAUAUGAAAUUAGAGUGGAGACACUUUGUCUCCAUCCGCCUGGCCGCCGAUUAUGUAAAUGAUGCUCACACCUGAAAAUCACUGGAAAAAUCGGCUAGUGUGACGCCUUCAUAAAGUGCCUUUUUAAAUUCAGAAACAGACAAAUAGUGAGUAAAACACACACAUUCUCAUAUUUUGAUCCUUAAAGGAAGUUUUCUUCAAUGCUUUUAAGCAACAUUAUGUCAAAAUUGUACCAUCUGAAAUGCAUGUGACAUCAGAUAAACAAGAAUUAAUUCAGAAGUAAUCCGAAAUUAAUCCAAAAGCAAUCAGAUUAGAUGACCUUUAAAAAUGUAUUCCAAGAGAUUACAUUAUUGACUACAAUUUAAUCAUGUAAUUUGUAAUCUUACCAGAUUACAUUUUAGAAGCAAUCUACUCGGCAUUGGUUUUUUUUUUUUUUUUUUUUUUUUGCUAUAUUGUUUUGGAAAGAAAAAGGCAUAAUGAAUCUAAAAAGUGUUAAAUAACAGAUAAAAACAAUCAAUGGUUAAUGUUAAAAAAUUUUAAAUAUAGAACUUUUCCCAUUAAUUAAAUUAUCCUCUACAGCAGGUCAUCUAGUUUGCCUUUGCUCUGUUUUCUAAAGGAAGGCUGCAAUUAUUCUAUUAAAAUAACCACAUUUAUGUUAGUUUCUCUAGCCACCUCACGCUCCCUUUAGCUGUAUACUCUAAUAAGCUCCGAGUAUCACAUGCAGUACCCUAACCCGUCGUUAAAGCAUUAUACCGCUCUAUCUACACUACCAUCCAGAUCCUGUGAACUCCAUCUCGACUCCGCGUCCAGCGGACUAGGCUCCGCGCCAUGUUUUCCGCGGAGCUGACGUGCCGCUCGCAGCCUGGUGGCUGCUCUUCGCUCGGCUGUUGUCCUGAUAUCACUCCGCUAGCAUGGAGGAGGGGAGCGCUUGAUUAUUGUGAUGGUGGCAGCUGCUGUACACAUCGGCGACUGUAGGAUUUCCACUCCAGCGAUCGGGACUUUUAGAAACUGCACACCUUGUUCACGCUGCGGGGAGGGUUUCACCGGCCCAGCUAAUGAAAUGCAAGUUCACGAAACAACUCCGGAGCCUGUUCGCAGCACACGGCAAAACUUUUUUCAAAAGGACAACACAAUAAAACGACGUGCUCGCGGCAGCGGUGGUUAUGCGUGAUGGUUGCGAGUAACAUCCGGAUGUUUGAUGGUGCUCCAGUAGAGGCGAGAGAGUAACAGAAGAAGACAAGCGGGGUGACCCCGGUCGCCUCUCUCGCUCCUCCACGGGUCCCGUACGGUUGUUUAUAGUCUCGCAAACGGUUGAGACAUUAUUGAAUGGUUGACAAGGUGAGCCUCCCGGAGGAGGGAACCCGCCACCGCCGAGUAUUUACACUCGUUUAAAAGCUCCUUUCCUCCCGAUUUCACUGUAUCCGUCUCCCUGGCGAAGCGGACUCGCGCCCCGAUUUGGAGAGGGGAGAGAGCGAGAGUCAGGGGGGCUUGACAAAGUUCUUCCCAAACAACCCUGUGUAUCCAGGCACAGAUGAUGGGGGAUUUUGCCAGCUCCGCCGCCGUACCAACCGGCGGCGGCAUUUGCAUUAAUAACAGUAACGUGAACUUAAACUCUGCCAUUAAUGCGACGAACAGCAGCAGCACUGGCGGAGGUAACGUGGGCAUUCCGAAGCACAGCACAGUGGUGGAGCGGCUCCGGCAGCGGAUCGAGGGCUGCCGGCGGCACCACGUCAACUGCGAGAGCCGAUACCAGCAAGCGCACGCCGAGCAGCUGGAGCUGGACCGCCGGGAGACGGUGAGUCUUUACCAUCGGAGUUUAGAGCAGCGGGCCAAAAAAUCCAACAGCAGCAAACAGCAGAGCAAGCAUCAAGACCCCGAUUCAACCGCAACCACCGAGCAGAGGAACAGCACUCUGAUCGCGCUCCAGGAGACAGUAAAAAGGAAAUUGGACAGUGCCCGGUCUCCAUUAAAUGGUGACCAAAAUGGUCUCAGUGAUGGGAGCUACUCCCCUGCAACAAAGAGACUCCGUAAGGAAGGGUGCACUGGAAUGGACUCUCUGGGAAGCCUUCCUCCCAUUUCCCCACUUCAUCAAAUGGACAUCAAACCCACCUUGCCCUUGGGCAACAACAGUGCCUCCUCAAACAAUGGAACCGGCAAUGGGAAUGCUGGUACCAACCAUAUUACCAGAGGACCUGAAGAUUUAGGGAAGAACGGUGGAAUACCUGACAUUAAACUGAAUGGUUCAUUGGAUUUAGACGAUGGCUUUGGCUUAUUGAAGGAUAUGAAACAGGAGCCUUUGGACGAUGCUGGUGGAAUUGAAUCCUCAGAUACAUCGCUUUCAAAUCAGAACAAGCUAUUUUCUGACAUCAAUCUGAAUGACCAGGAAUGGCAAGAACUGAUUGAUGAGCUGGCAAACACGGUGCCUGAAGAUGACAUGCAUGACCUCUUCAAUGAGGACUUCGAGGAGAAGAAGGAGGUCAGUGACUUCACACGGGCCAUGACGGAACAAACGCAGCUUGCACAAGACCCAGCACCAAACCCUGUAGCUUCUGCACCCAACAGUACACAGCAACCACAGAGUGGCCAGAUACCCAUGGGCUCACCUCAGGUGCGGCCUUCUUCCUCUGGUCCCCCUUUUGCAACUGCCGCCAAUGGCACACCACCCCAGCAACCCUUGCAGCAGUCACCAGCAGUUGGAAUGCCAUUAGGAUCACCCUCAAACUGUGUGGCCCGCUCACCGCAAACGCCCACUCAGGCUCAGACACAGGCCCCGAGAUCUGGGAAUGGAUAUAUGAUUAAUGCAGUUCCUGGUGUUGGUCCUCUGGGAUCAACACCAGGAGCAGCAGGUGGCCCUGGAGGAGGAACCGCAGGUGGAGGUGGGUCCGUUGCAGUCCCACCAACCUCUGAACUUUCCCCAGCCGAGCAGCUAAAGCAAAUGGCUGCCCAACAGCAGCAACGUGCCAAACUCAUCCAACAGAAGCACCAACAGCAGUCCCAGGCAAGCUGGUCACCUGCAGGAGCACCAACAAGCCCGUACAGUGGACCCUUUAACCCAGAAAAACCAAAUAGCCCCAUGAUGUAUCCACAGGCUUUCAAUGCUAACAGCACGAUGGGGCCAAAAACACCAAGCAUGAACAACUACCUCCCACAGAACCACAUGAAUAUGCUCAACCAGCAGCCACAGCAGCAAUCUAAUAACUUGGCUGCCCAAAACAACCUCAAUAAGCAGCUCUCUUAUAGCAACACCAAGCCGCUGACUCAUUUCAGUGGAGUAGACCACAUGAGUCAGCGGAUGACGCCGCCCAUGGCCAAUCAACCUAAAAACCCAAUGAUGCCCUACAUGCAGGGUGCCGCAGGGCAAGGGGGUGGCCCACCACAAGCUCCAUUGCCGAGCCAGACAGCUCAUCUAAGUGAAGAACAGAAGAGGAUGAUGUUGAUCAAGCAAAAAGUGCUGAGUCAAGGCUUGCCAUACAGCUCUAUGCAGCAGCAGCAUGUACAGGAUCAAGGUGUGGUUGGACUGCCACGGCAGGCAGGAGGAGUCCAGCCACCUCACGGUGGACCAGGCACCAUGGCCCCUGCAGGGCCUAAUGGUGCUGGGCCUGGUGGUUAUAUGGGUAAUCCACAGCAACAACAGCAGGCAGCCAUGAUGAAGCAGAUGAUCGCUAUGGAGCAGGAGAAGAGAGUUCAGCUACAUCUGAUGGAGCAGAAGAAAGCACAGCUCCUGAGAGAGCAGAGACAACAGCAGCAGCAACAGCAUAUGCUGGCAGAACAGUUACAACAGCAGCAGCAGCAUCUCCCCAGACAGAUGAGUCAGGGACAGAGGAAUCCAUACCCACUCCAGCAGUUUCAAGGCACACCCCAGGAGAUUGCAGCAAGGAACCAGACGCUACAGAACAUGCGGAACGUUCGACUUCUUCAGCAGCAGCAGCAACAGAACCCGGGGAUCCUGCAGAUGACGCCCGUCCAGAAUUCUGCCACCAUGCCUUCACAGGGAGACAUGAGCAUGUCGUAUGGAAGCCAGGCAGGUGUACAACCAGGCAUGUACCAGGGUAUGAACCCAGGAAUGGGCCAAAUGCUCCAGCAGCAACAGCAGCACCAUCCCAACCAAAGUGGCAUGACGAUAGUUCAGAGACAAGCGGGUGCCGGCGGGCAGGUUAUGGUUGGCGGAGGAGUGGGAGGUGGGUAUGGGCAAGGAAUGCUCAUGAACCCGGCCCUCUCGCAGCAGCAAAUUAAAUCAGGCGUUGUUGCCCCUGGUGGGCAGCCAAUGGCCAAAGCCCAGGUUCAGAGACUGCAAACCAUGAUGGGAGGUGGAGGCCAGUCGUGGCCACAGCAACAGCAGCAAAAUAUACAGGCCCUGGGUGGCAGGACUUCAAAUGACAUGGUGGCUUUUAACAGUAAUCCUGCAUAUGCCAUGCAAGGUGGGCAGCCUCCUAGGAUGGCCAAGCAACAUUUUGCCCAAGCGAUGGGUGGACAGACAAUGGUGGACCCACGUUCUAUAAAUCCAGCAGCAAUGGGUGGGCCAAUGAUGCCUCAUAUGGCAGGGCAGCCAAGGACCAAUCAGCCAAGGGGUAUUGUGAUGCCAGGCAUGAACCAGGGUGUGCCCAACUUGGCUGCUUACGGACAGGGCUCUGCUCAGGGUAUGCCAGGGUCAUCAGGAGGGGGAGGGCCAUACAUGCCAGGCGGUCAGCCUCAGGGCUACCAGAGGACGUCCAAUCAGGACCUGGCAUAUGGUUACGGCAGCCAAUCAGGGGCUGGGCCUGGGGUUUCUUUCGGUCUAUCAGAUGGGACAGAUUUGGAUCCAAUGGAGGGUUGGAUGGAAGAGUUUUUCCCCAACCAAUAGCCUAAGGUUUUUUUUUUUUUUUUUUUUAAAAGAACAAUUUUAUGGAAAAUGUGAUUGCUUUUUUUAUUAUUAUUAUUAUUAUUAUUAUUAUUAUUAUUACAUGGUUGACAAAUCUAAAAAUAUAUUACAUGUUGUGUAUUACAUGUGUGUACUGUCACAAUAUUUAAACAAACUGCUCGCUAUUUGGGUUGCUUCUCGAGUAAGAAUCUUUUUUUUUUUUUCUUUUUUUAAGAAAUACCAUUCUCCAGCAUUUUCAUUUAUAUUUUAUCUAUUUUUUUCUUUUUUUUCUUCUAAGUCCUUUACGCUGUUCUAAAGGCAAGAGGCACUGAAAAUCUUCAAAAAUCCUAAAUUAAAUUUGGAAUUAUUAUAAUUUUAUUUUUGGGAUUAGUUUUUAUGUAUUGAUUUUAGUUCUUAACCUUUAUCAUGACACACCUGUUCAUGUAGUGUAUGAAAGAAUAUGUUGAAAUCUGAGGUGGGCCUUUAUCAACAUAGGAUCCUUUACCCAAACUAAAUUCAAUACACCACCUCCUCUCUUUCUUCUGUCUUACAUAUUCUCUCUCUCUCUGCUCUUGAUAUGUGUUGUGAUCCUUUGCAUUUGCUCUGCUUUGUGUGUGUCUGUGUGUGUUUAUUUGCACUACGAGCAUCACAACAAAACUCAUCAGAUUUUGUUUGCUCUUAGUACAUGCAAGUUGGAUGCUCUGCUGUCGCCAGGUGUUUGUUAACAUUGCUUGAAGAGAUUUGGCAGCUACAAACUUCUCUCUCCCCUCCCUAAAACUGUGAGAAAGAGAUGUUUUCUUUAGUCAUAAUGGCAGCUAGAAAGGAGUCCAACUAUGACAAAAACUUACAUUUCACCAAGUAUAAAAUAAGGUGUAUUGAUGGGUUUUAGUGUAACACUCCGCAGACAUUUGCAAAGGUAAUUGAAAAAUUGGAGACACAUUCAGAGUUUGAUUUAACAUCUCAAAUAUCUAUUUUUAAAAUCAAUAUUUGACCUUUAAAUGCUUCGCAACAUUCUAGUUUUUGUUUUCUUUGUUUUAAGAAUUAACAUAAUUGCCUGUGUACACUGGUUUGAGGUAUUUAGUAUACUGGUUUUCCGCUGAUGGGUCAUGCCACUUUUCCCCUUUCAUUUGACCAGGCAAAUGACAGAAAUGUAUUAAUUGCUUCCAGAGCACACAGUUAUCUAAGAGAAAAUUAUUUCAAACUCUUCUGUAACACACUGACACUCCUCUAUCCACCAAUCCACUAAAUGCCUGAAAAAGGAAAGAUGAGGGUGGCAAUCAGUGUAUAAUCCAGGCAACUUUCUCUGUCACAUCGCAACAAAGGUACUGGGAAGUUUAAUUUCAUGAUCCACAUCUGAUAUAUCCACCAGUUUGUGUUCAUUGUGUUCAGAACAUUUUUCCACACGAAGAAUGGUUUGUUAGAAGUGUUUAGUGUUCCUUACACAAGUUUUGACCUGGUGUGUUUUCAAAUGACAACCUAAAAUGACAAGCCUUAUCUUACUGCUAAGUUCUUGGCUUGUAGUUUACCUUGAAAUGUCGCAUAAAUAAGAAUUAUCACUUUCUCUGUUGUGUGUUGCUUUAUGGUGUCAUAGUCAUAGCCAUGGUGUCUAUAGUUCUCUGUGAUCGAACUCUAUUUUAAGUCUAGUUUGAUUGUUUCAGCUCUCUGAGGAAUGUAACAUUGUGACAAAAGCAAAUUCAUUUUUGUCUUAAUGGGAGAUGAAUGCAUUCACAUCUUCAGUGUUUUACAAUAGUGUUAUAUUGUUGCCCUGUCAGGAGAAUUGCAGAGGGAGGAGGUGAGGUCCAUGUUCUCCAGCCGUCUCACCAAAUAUCAACAAUCUGGGACCAAGUUUUUGAUUUCUGUUGAAGUCAUUUAUCUGACUUUUUCCCCUCCUUUUUUAUUUCGGACUGGUGCUGACAUAUAUGUGAUGGAAAAUAUAUAUAUAAAUCAAAUGUAGUUAUUUGUAAAUAUGUUUUUACAAUUUUAAAUACAUCAGAGGAUAUGUCUCUACUCACUGUAAAGAUAUUGCUGUUUAAGAUAGAGAAGUAUUUUUAUUUUAUCUGUUUUCCACUUUUAAACUCAUCUGAGCUCUCCCAUUGCACUUCAGACAAUGUCUUACUACUAAUUUGUAAUGUAAACCUCUAAUUUUUAUUUUGAAGGUUUUUUUCUAGUUUAAAAAUUUUACUCUGUAUCUAAAGCAGUUCUUUUUUUUUUUCUUUUUCCAUGUACAGAAUUAUGUAAAUGGUUAUGCCAGAGUUACAAAAAUAAUUUGUUUUUCAAAAAAAAAAAAAAAAAAAAAAAUACAUUAAAGAGAUUGAUCAUUAAAAAAAAAUUCUCACUGAUCGUAUAUAAAAUUGUGUCUCUGCAGGUUUUUUGACUUUUUAAUGCCAAGUUAUAAAACAUUGGAAGAGUAGAACAAGUUUGUAACCUAAUUAUUUACCAGUUUAAAAUAUAGCUGAUAUAAAGAAAGUGCUGAAAAAGAGAACAAAGGAUGGCAAAAAAGAUGAAGGAUUAAACCGAAAACUGUGUGUACAUACAAAUGCCUAUAGCUCCAGGACAUUAUGUAUAGUCUGUCUUACAAUACUGGCAAGAUAUAUGUAUUGAGAGAAAUUGAGAGAAUAGAAGUGCAUAUAUUUCAGGAUAACACUUGUUUGAAUAGAAAUCCAGGAGGAAAAUGAAGAGCUAGAUAACAGGGAGAGACUGAGGGCAGGUGUCUCCCAAUCUUAGUCACAUAUGCUAAAAAGCGGUAUUUAAUAUCCUACCAUAAUGAAUCACUCCCUUUUUCUCUGUCUGCUCCCUGUAUCUUUCUCUUUCACUACACUGCUCUCUUGCGCUCUCUCCUGAUUAUGAUGAAUGGAGAGGUGUCACUAUGACAAUGCCAUUACUCAUCUUCAUGGAUGAGACAACCUCGCAGAGACAAAUUUAGGGGAUACAAGAGGACAGAGGUUUGUUUGGGUGUGCUGCAGAGGAGUUGGGAUGGAACAUAAACACAGCCUGCCCUUCCCCAAGAGGUUUCCUUCUAAAUGGGGUCAUCUAGUCCCACUGCACUUUGUCCAUCAGUUAGAUAAAAUUCUACUAAAAACAGCCAGUGCUGUGAAUCAACCAACAACCAUCUGGAAAAUCAAAUCACAAGUGAAAGCAUCUCAUUUUGUGUUCCACAGAAGAAAGUCAUAUGGGUUUGGCACAACAAGAAGGUGAGUAAAUGAUGACAGAAUUUUCUUUUUUCAUGAUAAAUGGUAACAUAACAUGGAAAAUGGUGAAAUGGUGGAAAAAAAAAAUGGGUUAAUGUUGUGCUUGUCAACUUGGGAGUCCUCUUACUCUUACACUGACCCCUGAAAGUGUCUAAUAACGGCGGGUAUUGAGAUUAUGCGAAUUGUAUUCGGCUGGUCAUGUGAGCCUAACAUGGCAUCCCCCAUGAGGGGACCAUCUCCAUGUAGAUUAAAACUGCUUUUAUUAACUACUGAUAUGUGAAUCUUCAUUUCAUGUGAAUGGUCUUGAUUUUAUACAAAUGUUUAAAAAAAUAAAAUGGGAAAAUGAAAAAAAUUAGAUGU